CUCCCAUCUUCUCACACCACACGAGCUAGCAGCAGCAAGCGCAUAACCUGAGCUAAGCUUCAGAGCAAUUGGGUUGGCAUGGCGAAGGACAUCGAGGCUUCGGGGCCCGAGGCAGGCGAGCUCUCGGCCAAGGACUACACGGACCCGCCCCCGGCGCCGCUCAUCGACGCGGAGGAGCUGACCAAGUGGUCGCUGUACCGCGCGGUGAUCGCCGAGUUCAUCGCCACGCUGCUCUUCCUCUACAUCACGGUGGCCACCGUCAUCGGGUACAAGCACCAGACGGACGCGUCGGCGUCGGGCGCCGACGCGGCGUGCGGCGGCGUGGGCAUCCUCGGCAUCGCCUGGGCCUUCGGCGGCAUGAUCUUCAUCCUCGUCUACUGCACCGCCGGCGUCUCAGGUGGGCACAUCAACCCGGCGGUGACCUUCGGCCUGUUCCUCGCGAGGAAGGUGUCGCUGGUGCGCGCGCUGCUGUACAUCAUCGCGCAGUGCCUGGGCGCCAUCUGCGGCGUGGGGCUCGUCAAGGGCUUCCAGAGCGCAUACUACGUACGCUACGGCGGCGGCGCCAACGAGCUCAGCGUCGGCUACUCCAAGGGCACCGGCCUUGCCGCCGAGAUCAUCGGCACCUUCGUGCUUGUCUACACCGUCUUCUCCGCCACCGACCCCAAGCGCAGCGCCCGUGACUCCCACGUCCCGGUGCUGGCUCCUCUCCCAAUCGGGUUCGCGGUGUUCAUGGUGCACCUGGCCACCAUUCCCAUCACCGGCACUGGCAUCAAUCCGGCGAGGAGCUUGGGAGCCGCGGUCAUCUACAACAAGAACGACGCCUGGAAGGACCACUGGAUCUUCUGGGUGGGCCCACUGAUCGGCGCCGCCAUCGCCGCUGCCUACCACCAGUACGUGCUGAGGGCCAGCGCCACUAAGUUCGGCUCCUACCGGAGCAACGCCUAAGUCCGGCGGCCGGACACGCGAGGGGGUAACCGAAGUGUAGAUACGCCCACAAGCAACGCCCGCCUCUCCAGUACAUGCACUGUUCGAUCCAGAUCCAUCUCUCUCGGUCGUCCUGCUCGUGGAUUCUGCCACGUUUUUAGUCGUCGUCGUGCAUAUGCGGUCUCCGCGCCGUGUAUCGAUGUGUUCCGGAGUCCGCCGUCGUCACGUUUCCUUGCUGUUAUUGCUUCUUCUUCGAAAAAAAUAAUGUGAUCUUUCUUCACUUCCUGUAUGUAUCGCAAAUGGAGAAUUUCGAUAACGAAUUAUGUGAGGUUUAUUUAACAUUUAUGAAGUAAUACUUGCAUGUUUAUAGA